UCUGCAACACAAACACACCAACCAGUCCUCAUUUACUGGAUCUGCUCUUUGUUAUCAGUCUUUCCCUCCUCUGCUUUUAUUCCAGGAGAGAGAGAGGGGGGAGUUUAUUGUUUUUUUCCCCCCUUUUUAACGGAUUGAUUUCUGACUGAAUCUGGAUCCGGUUUGUUUUUCUUUCCCCGGGGCUGCCGCUGCAGGACCAGAGCUGAUGCUUGCACGAAUGCAAUUAGUGUCAAAAGAAAAAAACCUGAUAUAAACGUCGGAACAAGAAGAAGAAAAAAAAAAGGGGACGUUGGAAGAUUUUUCUCCCAGCCGGUCUGUCAAUCAUUUUUCACCACUGCAGUUGUCAAGUUGGAGCCCUGCGGGGAAAUGGACAAACCCCUCUGAACUGAAGACGCUGCUCUGCUUCAACCAACACAACCACAGGACGAGGUUUGGACAAGGAUCCCCCCCCUUCCCUCACCACCCCCGACUGGAGCGUGAAGCCAGCAGAACAUGUUUACUCCCUCGUUUCUAUGGUAACCGAGAGGAGCAUGCACGUCCAGGACAGGAGUUAACCUCAGCGUUUGUCUCCUCCACCUGCCUCCUGUGAAAACUACACUACCCACAAUCCCAGUGAACUGACGACCCAGGCUGACAUAUAGAUCAGUUAAAAAAAUAAAAAAAAGACACUCACUACUACAACAAGAACAACAACACUGCUGUGAAGAAGAUCAACAUGGCCAACAACACGGCGGACCACCCUCCGGGGAAUUCGGUUGCCGAGGGCAACCAUGACGGGGACUUUGGGGUGACCACGACGGAACUGAGGGGCCUGAUGGAGCUGCGGAGCGGCGAGGCCGUCAACAAAAUACGGGACACGUACGGAGACGUACAAGGCAUCUGCCGCCGCCUGAAAACAUCACCUAUAGAAGGUCUGUCUGGUAACCCUGUUGAUCUGGAGAAACGUCACGCGGCGUUUGGACAGAACUUCAUCCCCCCAAAGAAGGCCAAAACGUUCCUGCAGCUGGUGUGGGAGGCUCUGCAGGACGUCACGCUUAUAAUUCUGGAAAUUGCUGCCAUCAUCUCGCUCGGCUUGUCCUUCUACCAUCCACCAGGAGGAGACGCUGAAGAAUGCGGUCAGUCUGCGGGCGGCGUGGAGGACGAGGGCGAGGCCCAGGCCGGCUGGAUCGAGGGCGCCGCCAUCCUGUUUUCGGUCAUCAUCGUGGUUCUGGUAACGGCCUUCAACGAUUGGUCAAAGGAGAAACAGUUCCGUGGGCUUCAGAGUCGCAUCGAACAGGAACAAAAGUUCACCGUCAUCCGCAAAGGCCAGGUCAUCCAGAUCCCCGUCGCCGAGAUCGUGGUGGGAGAUAUCGCUCAGAUCAAAUACGGCGACCUGCUGCCUGCUGACGGGAUUCUGAUCCAAGGCAACGACCUGAAGAUUGAUGAAAGCUCUCUGACGGGAGAGUCCGACCAAGUCCGCAAAUCUUUGGAAAAGGACCCCAUGCUGCUGUCCGGGACCCACGUGAUGGAGGGAUCAGGCAGGAUGAUGGUGUCAGCCGUCGGCCUCAACUCUCAAACCGGCAUCAUCUUUACCCUUCUGGGCGCCAGCGAGAACGACGAAGAGAAGAAGGUCAAGAAAAGUAAAAAACAAGGACCCCCCGAAAAUCGCAACAAAGCCAAGACCCAGGACGGCAUUGCCCUGGAGAUCCAACCGCUGAAGAGCGAGGAGGCCGCCGAGUCGGAGGAGAAGGAGGAGAAAGAGGAGGCCAAAGCUGUGAAGAAGAAGGUCAAUGUGACCAAGAAGGAGAAGUCUGUGCUGCAGGGCAAACUGACCAGACUGGCUGUUCAGAUCGGGAAGGCCGGUCUGAUCAUGUCGGCUGUGACCGUCAUCAUCCUCAUCCUCUACUUUGUGGUCCACACCUUCGGGAUCCAGGGUCGGUCCUGGGUGGCCGCGUGCACCCCUAUCUACAUCCAGUACUUUGUCAAGUUCUUCAUCAUCGGCGUGACGGUGUUGGUGGUGGCCGUUCCUGAGGGGCUGCCGCUCGCCGUCACCAUCUCUCUGGCCUACUCUGUGAAGAAAAUGAUGAAAGACAACAACCUGGUGCGUCACCUGGACGCCUGCGAGACCAUGGGCAACGCUACAGCCAUCUGCUCCGACAAGACGGGCACGCUGACCAUGAACCGGAUGACCGUGGUGCAGGCAUACGUCGGCGACACGCACUACAAGACCGUCCCCGAACCCGAAGUCAUCAAACCAGAGACUCUAGAAAUUAUGGUCAACAGCAUCUCUAUCAACUCUGCAUACACCACCAAGAUCUUGCCUCCGGAGAAAGAAGGCGGCCUGCCCCGUCACGUGGGAAACAAGACUGAGUGCGCUCUGCUGGGUCUGGUGCUGGACCUGAAGAGGGACUACCAACCAAUCAGAGACGAGGUCCCCGAAGAGAAAAUGUACAAGGUUUACACCUUCAACUCCUCCCGCAAGUCCAUGAGCACGGUGCUGAAGAACGCCGACGGAGGCUUCCGCAUGUACAGCAAGGGAGCGUCAGAGAUCAUCCUGAGGAAAUGCUCUCGUAUCUUGGACGCCCAGGGCCAGCCUCGCGUCUUCAAGCCCAAGGACCGCGACGAGAUGGUGCAUAAGGUGAUCGAGCCGAUGGCGUGCGACGGGCUUAGAACCAUCUGCGUGGCCUACAGGGACUUCCCCGCUGAAGCCGGAGAGCCCAACUGGGACUCUGAGAACGACAUCCUGAACGAGCUCACCUGCAUCGUCGUGGUCGGUAUCGAGGACCCCGUCAGACCUGAGGUACCUGAGGCUAUUUCUAAGUGCCAGCGUGCAGGCAUCACUGUUCGUAUGGUUACUGGAGACAACAUCAACACCGCCCGCGCUAUCGCAACAAAGUGUGGCAUCCUGCUGCCUGGGGAGGACUUUCUGUGUUUGGAGGGCAAAGAGUUCAACCAGCAGAUCCGAAACGACAAGGGAGAGGUGGAACAAGAACGUCUGGACAAAGUUUGGCCCAAACUGCGUGUUCUGGCUCGUUCCUCACCGACAGACAAACACACUCUGGUCAAAGGCAUCAUCGACAGCACGGUGGGAGAAACCCGACAGGUGGUGGCAGUGACAGGAGACGGUACCAACGACGGGCCCGCCCUUAAGAAAGCCGAUGUCGGCUUCGCGAUGGGAAUUGCCGGCACAGAUGUGGCAAAGGAGGCGUCUGAUAUCAUCCUGACUGACGACAACUUCACCAGCAUCGUCAAGGCCGUCAUGUGGGGGAGGAACGUCUACGACAGCAUCUCUAAGUUCUUGCAGUUCCAGCUGACCGUCAACGUGGUGGCGGUUAUCGUGGCGUUCACCGGCGCUUGCAUCACACAGGAUUCUCCUCUGAAGGCCGUCCAGAUGCUCUGGGUCAACCUCAUCAUGGACACUCUGGCGUCUCUCGCUCUGGCCACCGAACCCCCGACUGAAUCUCUGCUGUUACGUAAACCAUACGGCCGCAACAAGCCCCUCAUCUCCAGGACCAUGAUGAAGAACAUCCUGGGCCACGCCGUGUAUCAGCUCGUCAUCAUCUUCACCCUUCUCUUCGCCGGUGAGAACUUUUUCGACAUCGACAGCGGCCGCAACGCCCCCCUGCACUCGCCGCCGUCGGAGCAUUACACCAUCGUGUUCAACGUGUUCGUCAUGAUGCAGCUCUUCAACGAAAUCAACGCCAGGAAGAUCCACGGAGAGAGGAACGUGUUCGAGGGCAUCUACAGGAACCCCAUCUUCUGCAGCGUCGUGCUGGGCACCUUCAUCCUUCAGAUCAUCAUCGUUCAGUUCGGAGGGAAGCCGUUCUCCUGCACAGCUCUGACCAUCGACCAGUGGCUGUGGUGUGUGUUCAUCGGUGUGGGAGAGCUUCUGUGGGGACAGCUGAUCUCGGCCAUCCCGACCCACCGCCUGAAGUUCCUGAAGGAGGCGGGUCACGGCAUCACGAAAGAAGAGAUCCCCGAGGAGGAGCUGACGGAGGACGCCGAUGAGAUCGACCACGCUGAGAUGGAGCUGAGGAGAGGCCAGAUCCUCUGGUUCAGAGGUUUGAACCGCAUCCAGACGCAGAUGGAUGUGGUCUAUACCUUCCAGACGGGCCAGGGGCCGGUGCCCGGCGCCCUGCGCCGCCAGCCAUCCGUCGUCAGCCAGCACAAUGACAUUAAGGUGGUGAAUGCAUUCCGUAGCUCUCUGUACGCGGGGCUGGAGAGCCCAGAGUCCCGUAGCUCCAUCCACAGCUUCAUGGCCCAUCCCGAGUUCGUCCCCCUGUCCGAGGAGGAGGCCCGCAUCCCCCCCAUCGAAGAGACCGGAGACGAGAUCGACCCCCUCCCCAGCCCCUCCUCUGGGGCGGGGGGAGGAGGAGAGCCACCCAGCGCCUUCCCCCGCAGCUGCGAGUCAUCCAUCUGAGCUCCUCUCCCCUCUUCCUCCUCCUCCUCCUUCCUCCUCCUCCUUCCUCCUUCCUCUUCAUCAGCAUCAUCUGUCAUCCCACCAACCGAACUGUCACACUGAGGAGGGAAGUCACCACUCUGCUCAUCCCCUCGUUCUGCACGCACACCAAACACAUGCUUCACAUCGUCUUCACCCCCCCCCCCCCACCGCCCCUCCCUCAGUCAUUCCUGCCACGUUGCGUUUUUCAUACUGACUGUGGCGUCGUUCUGCCUGUAAGUUCGUCCCUCCUCCUCCUCCUCUUCCUCCUCCUCCUCCACCACUACCACACGCAUGAAUCAGUAGAGUGUGGAGUCCAGAGUCUCCACACAGCGGAAAGGCCUGUCUGUCCUCGUCCAUUCAUGUAUAUUUUUUACUCGAUGAUCCUUUUGAAAAGCUUUUAAACUUUUGUUGGGUUCGAUCUUCGCGGGACUCGCAGCAGCAUGUCGUGUUUCUGUACUCGCUUCAUUCCUGCGUAACGCUCUCGAAAACAGCACAGAACUUUUCAAAGAGUGCAGUGAUUCUCAUGUACAUACGCUUCCGCUCUUUUACACAGCUAACAGCCAGGUUUGGUGAUCAGAAGAUUUUUAGGCAAAUGCAAAAAUGUAACCUUUAUUUUAUUUUAUUUUAUUUUAUUUUAUUUUAAUUUUUUUUUUUUUUUUUUUUUUUUAGAUGUUGAGCAUUUGUUUGUUCCUAAAACCUCUAACGAAUGUUAAUUGAUGGUUGAUUCAAAAUCCUGAGAAUGUCUUGUGAGUGUGACACUACAGUCAACAAGGUUCACCUGUUAAAAAAAAAAAAAAUUGUUCUUCCCUUGUUGUGUCUUUAUGUGUUGCUUUUUCCUUUAGCUGCUGUGUUGCAUGUGGAAGGACAGAAUGUUUACUACCCAAAAAUAUCUACCAUGGCGGCAUCCAGAGAGGGCUCGCUUUCUGCUCAGUGCGCGUCUGACCUCAUCUCAUCCAGUCAGGGUUCUGGUUCUCUCUGCCCCUCUUCCACACCCCCACCCCCCCACCCCCCCACCCUUCGUACAUCCACAGUGUCAGUAGGAAACAGGAGUGUGAGGAGUUCAUGUUUCCCCCUCUAGAAGGAUGCAUGUUAUGUUUCAUUCGUGUUGAGUCGCAUGAUAACUUAGGAAUGAAUAUUUGGGAUUCUGUUUAGACGACCAUCUAUGUGUUAGUCUGCAGCAGCGUCUGUUCAGAGCUCCGUGAACUUCCUGUCUGUAGGUCUGAACAUCCUGUUAUACGACGGGAAGAAACAGACUCGUCAAUACUUGGCUAGCGCAGAGGAAACCGUAGCAGGGCAGGAAACGCCCCGAUAUACUUGAUAUACAUCCUACAGUGGGUGUUAACGUAUGUGGACGUGCUCUACAAAUCGUAGUUGUACGAAAGGUUGUGGUCCACCUAUAUAUACUGGAUUGAAAGGGGCCGCAGCCUCUCUCUGCACUUGCAAACAUCUGUAGAUGGCAAAAUCCAUGUCGCAUAGACCCUCACAGCCACGUGGAAAAUGUCAUUUAGGCUUUGCUCUGCUUUUCAAUACAGCGUCAUAGUCGACUAAACAUUUUGGUCACAUCUUGAAGGUUUGGACUCUCCUGCUGAAUACACAGGUGCCCAGGAGUUAAAGUUCUCUGGCACCAUAGAGCAGUUUUAAAUCCUUAAUUCAAUGUGUUGUACACAUUUCUUCCUAGACAAGCUUUCAGGCUCACAAAUCUUUUCUUGCUUUAAUCCCGGGAUGCCACAAGAGGAGAGUUAUUCAGCGCUUUGUCUCGUCAAAGUAGAAGUGCUUUUAGACAAAGUCUUUGAGUCCUCAUUCAUUCAUUAUUUAUAUUCUAUCCAUUUUCAGCCGUUUAUCUAGGUCGAGUCUACCUUGUCAUGACCCCGGCCACGUCCUCCAGCUCCUCCAGAGGUGUUUGCAGACCAGAUGGGAUGUAUAAUCCCUCCAGUGUGCUCUGGCUCUGCUAGUUGGACGUCUUAAGAAUAGGAGGUAUCAGAUUGUAAACAGUCUCAACUGACUCCUUUCGACACACGAAGGAGCAGCGGUUCUCCUUCGAGCUCCUCGACCGGUCUCUGAGACUGAGUCCUGCAGAGGAAACUCAUUUCAGCAGCUUGGAUCCACCAUUUAAUUCCUCCAGACACAGAGCUCAUGAACCGUAGGUGAGGGUUUGAACGUAGAUCGCUUUCCUCUCCGUCACCACAGUCCGGUACAACGUCCACAUUACUGCCGACACCUCACUAAACCUCACGCUUUAUCAUAGUUCCUCUUGAACAACUGGUUUUUCUAUAAUUAUACAUAACUUUAUCAUGAAUAAAGGUGCAAAGCGAAUAUUUUUCAGUCUGAAUUUUGAAACUGAGAGUCUGAGUGAAAGCAGUUUCUUCUCUGUACGUUCAUGAAGAGUCAAACAGCUGCAAGAUGAGCAAAAAUGUCUUUCCAUUAACUUCAUACGUAAUCAUGCCACCUCUAAACUUUGCUUCGCCUUCAGUCUCACCUUAAAUAAAAGGGGGAAUAGCUACAGUAUUGAUGAGUCUGUGUUUGGUCACAGUGCAGGAAGUUCAUUUCACCAGACAGGAAGUUGAUGGAUCUCUGAACAGGGUCUAGACCGGCUAUCUGUGUUUUAAGACAAAUCUUAGUACCACUUUUGAUGCUUUUGUUCCCCUGUUCGUCAGACUCGAUUAAUAUAAACUAAAUCAGCUUUCAGCGACAUCACGCAGCCAGCAGCAGAGAGGGUGUCUCUCAUCAUCAUCAUCCCUCUCUCUCUCUCUCUCUCCGCUCUGCUGUGUUUGAUUAACAGACGUCUGUGUGGCGGCCGCGCUGAGGUUUAUGGGAGACUGAUGAUGUCAACAGUCAGCCUGUAGAGUUAAAUCAACUGUGUGUCCCUGCUGCCGCUCAGUACUUCCUGCCCGCCGUUGUCCUCAGAUUACUGUCUUAAAAGAAGAAGGAAUCAUCCUCCAAUCGGAAGCAGCGAUGCUUCUAAUUCCCUCUUAGUCUGACUAGCAGCCAUCGACCUAUCUUUGAACUAGGACACGUUAUUGAAGUAAUGUGCUACUACUGCCAUAUUUCCAACUUUUUGUCAUGACUAGGUUCUUCCUCUCCCCUCUGAUGAGCUUUUUCUAUGUAACUCAGAGCCAUAUUUUAUAGGUUGUCUGUAUUGUUUUUUAUCUCAUUGUUAUCGAGGUUUCCUUUGGACUUUCUCACCCCUCGACCCCCCUCCCCCUUCCUCCUUUCCCCCUCCCUCCUCCCCCUGGCCCUUUACUCCAAAUGCGACCAAAAAAGCAAGGAGAAAAUCUUCAGUCGUCACUGCCGAACCAAGUUUAAAGGACUUCUACAAUGUUUACAUGAAAAGCGAGUGGGUGGCAGUUCGCCUGCGCUUCUCUCAUCCGACCACUUCCCUUUCAUUCCCUUGCUUUCCUGAAUCUUAGAGUUACUAUUUAACUAAAUGGGGAAUCUUUCUUGCAUGGUUUUCAUAUAAAAUUCAAUGUUUUGCUCAUUUUUUACAAUUCUUCUGUAUUUUUAUAUUAAGUACUUUUUAAUAUUUUGGAGAUAUAUGAAUAUAUAUGUAUAGGCUGAAGAGUUUGGUGACAGUACAGUACAUGAAUGAGAUGAAUCUACCGUGGACUGUCUUUUUACAGCUCUCUAAAUAUUUAUGCCACGUGUGUCGUCUUGGUCACCUGAUGUUAGGGCUCAGAAACCUGCAGUGACUUGUUUACUUCCUGUUGGCCGUUCAAUUGGAAUCUCAACAAUCUAGAUUCAUCAGCCCCCUUUUACAUGAGUAUAUUCACUUUAUCUAAGAUGUUGUGACACACUACACGCUAUGUGAUUUCGCAAUUAUCCAGCUCCAUUAGAGUUCAGCAAAUGCAACGUGAAUACAGCUAACUGUAUCAAACAUUAAAUGGGAGUGUAUAAUUAUUUAUCCAA